UGAGAGAAAAGAGAACCUGGAGAUGAGAUGGGGAGGGAAGCAGUUCUGUGCUAGCAGUCAAGUCCCUCACUACAGUAGAGGUUGUAAUGACUGAAUUCACCUCUUAUUUCAGAUCCUUGUAGACUAGAGCAUAGACCUAAAGUGGACCUACCUGUUGGGAGCCUCUAGUGCAAAUCCAUGAAAGCUGGGGAAAUGAAUAUCUCUAAAAGCUUCAAGUUCCUGUUUAGAUUUUCCCCAUAAAGGUAAUACAAGGAAGUUUUUUGUUGUUGUUUAGACAGAGUCUCACUCUGUUGCCCAGGCUAGAGUGCAGUGGCACAAUCUCGGCUCACUGCAACCUCCACCUCCCAGGUUCAAACUAUUCUCCUGCCUUAGCCUCCUGAGUAGCUGGGAUGACAGGUGCAUACUAUCACACCUGGCUACUUUUUGUAUUUUUAGUAGAGACGGGGUUUCAUCAUGUUGGUCAGGCUGGUUUUGAACUCCUGACCUCAUGAUCCGCCCGCCUUGGCCUCCCAAAGUGCUGGCAUUACAGCCAUAAGCCACUGCCUGGCCGGAAAUUUUUUUAAAUCUUGAUGAAAACAGUUAAACAUUUAAGUGCAUACACUGCUCCACUGUUUUUAGUGACAAGAUUUAAGCAGUGCACAGAAAUAAGCUGCCUGCCCCUGAGGAGCUUGUGGUCUAGUUAGGGGAGAUAGACAAUAAACACAUAAAUAUGUCAAUAUGUCAAUGUAAUAAGUACCAUAGAGAAAAAAAGCAAUAUAAGAGUGUUAGGGAAUAUUUCUGGGGUAUGUUUAUUUUAUGUACAAUGUUUUGAGAAGGCCUCCUUGGGAAGGUGGCAUUUCAACAGAGACCUAGAUGAACUAAGUGACCAAACCUUGUGGGUAUUAGAGAAUAACAUUUCGGGCAGGAGUGACAGCAAGUCCAAAGGCCCCAACGUGGGAACUACAUUGCCAUGAUGCCAUGGAGAACAGUCAAGUGGUCAUUAUGACUGGAGUGAAGUGAGUAAGGAGAAUGGUAAGAAAUAAGGCUGGAGAGGCCAGGUGCGGUGGGCUCACGCCUGUAAUCCCAACACUUUGGGGAGGCCAAGGUGGAUGGAUCACCUGAGGUCAGGAGUUCAAGACCAGCCUGGCCAAUGUGGUAAAACCCUGUCUCUACAAAAAAAUACAAAAAUUAGUCAGGCAUGGUGGCAGGCAUCUGUAAUCCCAGCUAUUUGGAAGUCUGAGGCAGGAGAAUUGCUUAAACCCAGGAGGCAUAGGUGCCACUGCACUCCACUCUGGGGAACAGAACAAGACUUGGUCUCAAAAAAAAAGUAAGAUUAGAGAAAAAUGCAUGCAAUAGAUCAGGGUGAGGGGUGUGUGUGCACUGAUUAGGUAGGGCUUUGUAGGCCAUUGCAAGGAAUUUGGGCUUUUACUAAGCAAGAUGGGGAGACAUUUGAGGGAUUUUAACAGAUAAAUGAUGUAACAAUUUUAGGAGGAUCUGGGUUUGGCUGUUCUUUGGGCAACAUCAUAUGGUGAAGAAAUUGUAACAGUAGCAGUAGUAUUAAGAAUAAUGGCAUUUUGAAAUCCAGGAAGAUGAGAAUCACAUAUACUUUGUGUCUAUGUGUCCUGUUGACAUUUUUACCUACAAAAAUUAAUGUGAGGCUGGGCACAGUGGCCCACACCUAUAAUCCCAACACUUCUGGAGGCUGAAAUGGAAGGAUUGCUUGAGCCUAGGAGUUUGAGACCAGCCUAGGCAACAUGGCAAAACCCCAUCUCUACAAAAAAAUCCAAAAAUUAGUUGGGUGUGGUGGCACAUACCUGUAGUCCCAGAUACAUGGGAGGCAGAGGUGAGAGGAUCACCUGAGCCUGUGGAAGUUGAGGCUGCAGUGAGCCAUGGUCACGCCAAUGUCACCAGGCUGGAGUCUGGGUGACAGUGAGACCUUGCCUCAAAAAUAAAAAGAAAAUGUGUUCUUGGCCAGGUGGAGUGGCUCACACCUGUAAUCCCAGCACUUUGGGAGGCUGAGGCCGGUGGGUCACCUAAGAUCAGGAGUUCAGGACCAGCCUGGCCAGUCUGGUGAAACCUCAUCUCCACUAAAAACAAUUAGCCAGGCUUGGUGGUGGGUGCCUGUAAUCCCUGCUACUUGGGAGGCUGAGGCAGGAGAAUUGCUUGAACUCCAGAGGCGGAGGUUGCAGUGAGCUGAGACCACACUAUUGCACUCCAGCCUGGGCAACAUGGCAAAACUCCGUCUCAAAAAAAAAAAAAGAAAGAAAAUGUGUUCUUAAAACCUCAAGUCUUAGAGAAUGGUUCUUUAGUCUUUUCCUUAUUAUUAUAUUUAUUAUUUAUUACUGUAUUAUUUUUCUUACUCAUUUAGUAUUAAAAUGUUCUCAUUACAUGUACACAAAAAUGUCUUUACAGUAUUGCUUGCUCAGCGAAUAUAUAUAUUGAAAAAGGUCUGUCAGAUUCAUACAGUAUGCUUGAGCACCAAUUAUGUGUUUUGACACUACUGAGCACAAGACAAUGGAAAAGAAAAGAUGUGACAUUUGCCCCUGCCUUCGAAGAAGCUAAAAACUCCCUGGCCAGGUGCAGUGGCUUAAGCCUGUAUGUAAUCCCAGCACUUUGGGAGGCUAAGGCGGGUGAAUUAUGAGGUCAGGAGUUCAAGACCAGCCUGGCCAACAUGGUGAAACCCCGUCUCUACUAAAAAUACAAAAAAUUAGCUGGGUGUAGUGGAAGGCGCCUGUAAUCCCAGCUACUGGGGAGGCUGAAGCAAGAGAAUUGCUUGAAGCUGGGAGUGGAGGUUGCAGUGAGCCAAGAUCGUGCCACUGCACUCCAGCCUGGGUGGCAGAGCGAGACUCUGUCUCAAAAAAAAAAAAAAGUUCCCAAAGCAACAAUUUGGACUGGUUUGUUUUGUCAGUCUCAGAAAUGCAUUUUCAGAACCUUGAUAGGUGGUACUGUUAGCCCUGAUGACAUUCAAAGUCUUCAUUUCAAAUAUUCAAGGUAGAAAAUUCAAAACUCAAUUGUAAAACAAUAGAAUUUGAUUAGCAGACCCUUUUCAUGAAAUGAAAUCUCACCUAGAAGCCUGAUAAUGUGGCCGGGCACAGUGGCUCACACCUUUAAUCCCAGGACUUUGGGAGGCUGAGGCGGGCAGACAUGAGGUCGGGAGUUCGACCCUAGCCUGACCAACACGGAGAAACCCCAUCUCUACUAAAAAAAAAAAAAAAAAACUAGCCAGGUAUGGCGCACAUGCCUGUAAUCCCAGCUACUCAGGAGGCUGAAGCAGGAGAAUUGUUUGAACCCAGGAGGCGGAGGUUGCGGUGAGCCGAGAUAGCACCAUUGCAUUCCAGCCUGGGCAAUGAGAGAAACUUAAAAAAAAAAAAAAAGGAAAAAAAAACCCUGAUCUGAUAUGUAAACAGAAAAGCCAAGCAGUUCUGGUGGUGGGUAUCUGGAAGCCUGCCUACUGUUGUGUCCUCACCCAUUUGCACUGCCAGUGUUGCCUAAGGCUCUGUCUUCAAGCUUCCACGUUCUACCAAGCACGCACCGAAAUAGUCUAUGUAUGAUCAUUAGGGAUAACAGAAGGAAAUCAAGCAAAAACCUGCUAUUUAUUUAAGAUAAACUCCAUAAGGAAUUUGAACUCAUAUCAAUAAACUCCAUGUAAAAUAGUCUUUACAUGAAGUACUGGAAAACAGUAGAUGGUCCUUUUCUUAAAAACCAAUUUUUCCCAUAGGAUAGCAAUACCCUUUUUUUUUAGAUGGAGUUUUGCUCUGCUCUUGUUGCCCAGGCUGGAGUGCAAUGUCAUCAUCUCAGCUCACUGCAUCCUUUGCCUCCCAGGUUCAAGCAAUUCUCCUGCCUCCACCUCCCAAGUAGCUGGGAUCACCAGCACCCACAGCCAUCUACAACCACACUCAGCUAAUUUUUGUAUUUUUAGUAGACACGGCAUUUCACCACGUUGGCCAGGCUAAGCUCAAACUCCUGAUCUCAGGAUGGUUUCUAGAUUCAUCCAUGUCCCUACAAAGGACACAAACUUAUCGUUUUUCCUUAUUUAUUUAUUUAUUUGUUUGUUUGUUUGUUUAUUUUUGCUUCAUUGUCAAUGCAGAGAACUCAUCAUUUUUUAUGACUGCAUAAUAUUCCAUGGUGUAUAUGUGCCACAUUUUCCUUGUCCACUCUAUCACCGAUGGGCAUUUGGGUUGGUUCCAGGUCUUUGCUAUUGUAAACUGUGCCGCAAUUAACAUAUGUGUACAUGUGUCUUUAUAAUAGAAUGAUUUAUAAUCCUUUGGGUAUAUACCCAGUAAUAGGAUUGCUGGGUCAAAUGGAAUUUCUAUUUCUAGGUCCUUGAGGAAUCGCCACACUGUCUUCCAUAAUGGUUGAACUAAUUUGCACUCCCACCAACCAUAUAAAAGUGUUCAUAUUUCUCCACAUCCUCUCCAGCAUCUGUUGUCUCCAGAUUUUUUACUGAUAGCCAUUCUAACUGGUGUGAGAUGGUACCUCAAAAUGGUUUUGAUUUGCAUUUCUCUUAUAGAUUCACAUGCACGUAGCCAAAAGAACAACUCCAUGUUUUCUAAAAGGCCUAGAGAAUAUCUAUCGUGUGCCUCUCCUCUUUUCCUUUGUGUUUAUCAUUUUGGAAAAUUACUGCAAGAUGGCGGUUCCGGCUGGUUUUUAUUUAAAAAAGAAUUAUACUUCCCACACAACACUGGCAUAUCAAAUAGAUUAUUUAUAUCUAAGGACCUCGAGGGCUGGGAGUAGGGUGAGGUGAACAAGGCACUUGCUUCACGUGAAAAUUCAAGGGGGUACAAAAAAACUCAGUUAUCAAGAGGAAUGAUGUUUUAAUGAAAUAUUUUAAAAAUAAAAUUAAUGCAAAAGUCCAUAAUGAACAAAAUAUCAAGAUUUUUAAGAAAGACAGGACCAGAACAGUGCCAUACUGAGCCAUAUUGGAGCCUGAGGCAGGCAAAAUAUAGAUUCCAUAUACAUGCUUUUAUGUAUUCUUGAAUAGUUAACUUUUUUCCAGAACAUUAAAGCAGUUGAAAAAAUACUGAAACAUAGAUAAAUUAAAACUCACAGCAGUUAAGUUUAAAACAUGUUAUUUCCACCAAAACUAGAGUUUAUUAAAUUCUACUUUCUUGGUUUAAUAGAAACAAACUCAUUGAAAAUAUUUUUUUUCUUUCUUUUUUUGUUUUGUGAGACAGAGUCUCACUCCGUCGCUCAGGCUGGAGUGCAGUGGUGCAAUCUGGGCUCACUGCAACCUCUGCCUCCUGGGUUCAAGCGAUUUUCCUGCCUCAGCCUCCCAAGUAGCUGGCACUACAGGCACCAGCCACCAUGGCUGGCUAAUUGUUUAAUUUUUAGUAGAGACGUGGUUUCACCAUAUUGGUCAGGCUGGUCUAGAACUCCUGACCUCAGGUAAUCCGCCCACCUGGGCCUCCCAAAGUGCUGAGAUUACAGGCAUGAGCCACCACACCUGGCCAGAAAAUAUUUCCCACAAUUGUGACUUUUCUGAGGUAAAACCAUCUUGAAACUGAUAAUUUUUUUUAUUUCUAAAAAUCAAACAGAGCCUCUAAGAGAGAAGACUCAAAGCAAAGCAAUCAUGGAUCUAAAUUAGCAAGGGCUGGAAGGUGGUGAUAACUUCUCAAAAUUGAAAAGUUGGGAUCUUGUUAUACAGAAACAACCAGCUAUGCCUUGGGAUCAAAAUCCAGAACAAGCAAAUGAAAAUUACAGUGAAGACGAACAAAAGGGAAAGCAGAAAUGGAGAGACAGAGGAGGAGAAGCAGGCAGAAAGAGAGAGCAAGAAAACGAAGAGGAAAAUGAAAAGGAGCUGGAAGAUGAACAGGAAGAAAAAAGGAAAAGGGAACAUGAGAAACAAUAUCCCAAGAAAAGAUUAGUCAGCAAAUCCCUCAUGGCCACUCUCUGGGCAAAGUUUAAAUUAAACAGGUGCCCCACAAUACAAGAGAGUUUAUCACUCUCAUUUCAAUUUGGCAUGACACAUAAACAGGUAUGUCAAUGGUUUUGUAAAAACAGAAAGAAAUGUCUAAGAGAAAGGAUAGGAAAAAAGAGAUGGGGUCUCUCUGAGUUGCCAAGGCUGGUCUCAAACUCCUGUCCUCGGGGGAAUCUUCCCACCUUGGCCUCCAGAAGUGCUGUAAUUACAAGCAUGAGCCAUUAUGCCUGGCUAAGACGUUCUUUCUUUUUCCUUCUCCUCUUUUUUUUUUUUUUUUGGUCUCUGUCGCCAAGGCUGGAGUGCGGUGCAGUGGUGUGGUCUCAGCUUGUGGCCUCCACCUCCCAGUUUCAAGUGGUUCUCCUGCCUCACCCUCUUGAGUCUAAUGGUGACAUCAUUUUCACCAAUAAAUGGAGUUCUGAAAGAAUAAACAAGAAAUUAUGAACGAUCAUUAAUUCCGUGAAGAACUAAAUGAGGGGAGUGCAAAGGAUUUCCUAUAUAUCCUGUUUUUACCUUACUGUGGUUUUAAAGUUUUUACAAUGGAUGCUAAUUAAUUUUAUUUCAGAAAAAAUCAAUAAAGAAAUUGCCAACCUCUCAAAAUAUUUUGAGACUGAAAGGGAAAUCCAUUGUAAAAGCUGAUGGGUUCAGUGCAUUCUGCAACUUGUCAAUAUAUCUCUAAACAUCCCUUCCAGGCCGGGCGUGGUUGCUCACACCUAUAAUCCCAGCACUUUGGGAGGCUGAGGCGGGACGAUAACUUGUGGUCAGGAGUUCGAGACCAGCCUCACCAACAUGGUGAAACCCCAUCUCUACUAAAAAUACAAAAUUAGCCAGGCAUGGUAGCGCAUGCCUGUAAUCCCAGCUACUCAGGAGGCUGAGGCAGGAGAAUUGCUUGGGCCCAGAAGGUUGCAGUGAGCCAAGUGCCAUUGCACUCCAGCCUGGACAACAAGAGAGAAACUCCAUUUCAAAAUAAAUAAAUAAAUACAUCCCCAUAUAUACAUAUGGCAGCAACCUGGCUGGGCACAGUGGCUCACGCCUCUAAUACCAGCAUUUUGGGAGGCUGAGGCGGGUAUAUCAUUUGAGGUCAGUAGUUUGAGACCAGCUUGGUUAACAUGGUGAAACCCCAACUCUAUUAAAAAUAGAAAAAAUUAGCUGGGCAUGGUGGUGCAUGCUUGUAAUCCCAGCUAUUUAGGAGGCUCAGGCAGGAGAAUCUCUUGAACCUGGGAGGCAGAGGUUGCAGAGCCGAGAUCACGCCAUUGCACUCCAGCCUAGGAGACAAGAGUGAAAUUCUGUCUAAAAAAAAAACAAAUCACAAGUUUAGGUCUAAUAUAUAGAAUCUGGGGGAAGUUCUAGUAAUCUGGUGCAAUUUAAAUGCAAGGUAGACAUCGAAGAAUCUUUAGAAAUGAGAAUCAGAAGGUAGACAUGGACUACAUAGUUAUGUCAUGCUAAGGAGUUUAGAUUUUAUUCUGGAUGGGUAUGAGAGUCGAUCAAAUUAAUGGUUCUCAAUAUAUAUAUCUAUAUAUAGAUGUAUAUAUUCACCAUAUGUAUAUAUACAUAUAUACACAAAUAAACUGUUGACAGUUUAUUUGUUUGUGUGUUCGGUUUUUGUUUUUGAGACACAGUCUCGCUCUGUUGCCCAGGCUGGAGUACAGUGGCGUGAUCUCAGUUCACUGCAACCUCCGCCUUCUGGGUUCAGGCGAUUCUCCUGCCUCAGCCUCCUGAGUAGCUGGGACUAUAGGCACCUGCCACGAUGCCUGACUAAUUUUUGUAUUUUUAGUAGACACGGGAUUUCACCAUGUUGGCCAGGCCGGUGUCAAACUCUUGACCUCAGGUGAUCCACCCACCUCAGCCUCCCAAAGUGCUGAGAUUACAGGUGUGAGCCACUGUGCCCAGCAAUCCCAGAGGUUUUGAUAGACUGUGUCACUAUUAUCAUUCAGUUUGAAAAUUAUUUUUAUUAUUUAUUUAUUUCUUUCUUUUUCGAGACGGAGUUUCGCUGUUGUUACCCAGACUGUAGUGCAAUGGCACGAUCUUGGCUCACCACAACCUCCGCCUUCUGAGUUCAAGCAAUUCUCCUGCCUCAGCCUCCCGAGUAGCUGGGACUACAGGUGCGCACCACCACACCCAGCUAAUUUUUGUGUUUUUAGUAGAGACAGGGUUUCACCUUGCUGACCAGGAUGGUCUCGAUCUCUUGACCUUGUGAUCCACCCGCCUCAGCCUCCCAAAGUGCUGGGAUUAUAGACAUGAGCCACCACACCCAACCGAAAAAUUUUUUAAUUUUCAUCUUGAUUUCAUUUUUGACCCAAUGAUCUUUCAGGAACAGGUUAUUUAAUUCCCAUGUAUUUGCAUAGUUUUGAAGGUUCCUCACCCCCAU